AUGAAGAUCCCUCAGGCUCAGAUCACGAGCUUCAUGGCCGCCCUCGGUCUGAUGCAGGAUCAGGCGUCGCAGAUCUGUCAGCGCGCCCGAGGCAGCAACAAUUACACCGAAGAGCUUUUAAGCGUUCUCUACCCCGUCAAUGUCCACCUGCCAGGGACCACCGGGUAUUCCGACCUGAUCGACAACUCCUUUGGUUCCCGAUCGCAUCUCAAUGCGUCCGCGGUCUUUGUUCCGGAAACCACUGAUCAGGUGGCUUCCGUCGUAAAGAUUUUGGAGUUCUUCCAGACGCAGUUCGCCGUUCGGGGAUUGGGGUAUACCUCGCACCCAAAGAUGGCCAGCAUCGAGAAUGGCGUCCUUGUUGCCCUUGAGAAGAUGACCGACCUUUCCCUCAGCCCAUCAAAGGAAGUGGUCAGCCUCGGCCCCGGAAACAGCUGGGGUCGGGUCUACGAAGCUCUCGAGAAGGAGGGCCGAGCGGUAACGGGAGGAGAAUUGGGCGUGGUCGGCGUUGCCGGACUCUUGACCGGAAAUGGUGUCUCCCCCUUCCUUGGCAGUCGCGGCUUUUCUAGCGCCGACGUGGUCAACUUCGAGGUCGUUCUUGCUGGUGGCAAGAUCGUCAACGCCAACGCCACUUCGAACGAGGAUCUCUGGUGGGCUCUCAAGGGAGGCUCCAACAACUUCGGCAUCGUCACGCGCUUCGACAUGAACACAUUCUCGCUCCCUAACGGCGUCUGGGCCGGAACGAUCUCCUACAGCUCAAGUCAAUCGGAUGCUGCUCUUGGAGCCUACUACGACAUUCAUGCCGGACCGCUCCUUGAGGACCCGCACCUUACUGUGACUUGCACUCAAAUGAUUAUACCUUCCUUCAACUACAGCACCAUUGACAUCUUACCAUUCACCGACAAUCUUGACUUCAACGGUUCGUACCCGGCCGCAAUCAACCCACUUCUCGACAUUGAGCCCAUCUCGUCGACGAUGGCCCGCAAGAACCUCACGACGAUGGCGACGGAAGCCAUCACGACCGAGUUCAUGCAAACCUACACGGCGCGCAUCAACCGCGAAAACAUCAACGUCAAAGCAGACAAGGAGCUGUACAAGGAGAUCACCAAGCUGUUCUUCUCCCACUACCAGAACUCUGACAUCGAUGGUCAUACCGCCGGUCUUCCAUGGAACCCUGUAACUCCACGUACGAUCCGCGAAGCCAAUGGAAAGGGCGGCAACCCAGGCGGCUGGCAAGAAGUGAACCAAAUUUCUAUCAACUUGAGGACCACCUGGAACAAUGCCGCUGACGACGCAGCGGCGAUCCGCAUGGACGGUGAAUUCAUGGCCAAGAUCACGGAGCUGGCGCGCCAGAGGGACGCUCUGAUGCCGAAUCAGUGGCUGAACAACGCGGGUGAGAAUGUGGACGUCAUGAAGAGCUACGGCAGUGACAACUACCAGAGGCUCAAGUCCAUCUCGGACAAAUACGACGGGAAGAAGACGUUCCAGAAGCUCUGCCCCGGUGGUUACAAGCUUGGGGCGUAA